AUGGUUUGCGAGUGUAGUGGAAAGUAUGAGAUCCAUUGGAAAAAGGGUAGUGAGUAUCAACGAAAAACCACAAGGAAGAAGGGACGUUAUAAUACGAAGAAUUGCAGAUGCCCUUUUAAGCUUCAAUUUAAAUAUAACGAUGAUGAGAAAGUGUGUUUUAUGGUGAAAGUCGUCUCGGGUUAUCAUAAUCAUCCUAUUCCGGAGAGUUUGAUCAACCAUCCUUAUUCGGCAAGGCUCAACCCCUUAGAAAAGGAUUUAGUACACGUGUUGAGUAAAAGACGCGCAAGACCUAUUGAUAUUCUUAGUGGCGUGAAGGUGUUAAACCCCCAAAACUCAUCCUCAUUGGCAACUAUAUAUAAAGAAAGAGAAAAAAUUAGAAAAAAGACAUGGCAAGAGGGAGUGCUUAUGCAACAAUUAUUAUUUUUGUUUGAGGAGGCAAAGUACUCUACCGCCUAUGAUACGAAUGAAGAAAAGGAAGUGGAAUAUCUUUUCAUCGCAAAUCCGGAAUGUGUACAAUUGGCAAGAUGCUUUCAUCAAAUUCUCUUUAUGGAUUUCACGUAUAAAACUAACAAGUACAACAUGUCGAUAUUGAACUUUGUUGGGCAAACAUCUACCAAGUCGACAUUUACCGUUGCGUUUUGUUUCUUGAAAGAUGAGACGAAGGAAAGUUAUAUGUGGGCAUUGCAAAAGGUGAAGUUAUUGUAUCAAAAAGGUUAUACUCCACAUGUGUUGAUUACGGAUAAGGAGCAAGCAUUGAUGUGGGACAUAGUACGUGUUUUCCCCUACGCGCGUCAUCAUUUUUGCACGUUUCAUCUACGGAACAAUGUGCAAACUAAUUGCAAGAGGGUUAUAUGGCCAGAAAACAAGACCGAUAUGGAGAGGAUUAAAAAUCUACCGUUGGAGAAACAACAAGAAGAGAAAGAUAAGUUUGAUAUCAAUGACAAAAUAGUUGAUUGGGAACAACUAGUAUGGUCGCUCACGGAACCAUUAUAUUUCCUAAGGGAGCGUGUUCUAAUGGAGAAAUGGUCAACCUACCCGGAUGUUAUAACAUAUUUGAAGAACGAGUUAUUGGAUCCCCACAAAGAAAAGUUUGUUAGUGCAUGGGUGAAGCGUUAUACACAUUAUGACAAUCAAUCCACAAGCACGGUGGAGUCGGCUCACUAUCGGUUCAAGAGUAAGUUAAAUGGAUGUGAUGGUGGAUUCGUUGUUGUUUUUGAAGCUAUGGUCGAGUAUUUCAAGCGCGAUCUCGAUAGAAUUAAAGAGGAUUUUGAAAAGAGCCGAUCUAGAAAGCUUGUCGACUACCGGGAUAUCCCUUGGCUCCGGGGAAUAAGUUUAUAUGUUUCUCAAUGGGCAAUCCUAAAAAUUAUAACGGAAGUGGAGUGA